UAUUUGGUUUUGUUUUAUUUCCAGUUUUUGCCGUUUUGACCGGGGAAUUGAUGACAGUGCCAGUGCUCCGUAGUCCUUGCUUCUGGUCAUUGCGUAUCAAUAUUUGUAGUUUGAAUUUAUUAUUGACAGCAGUACUGAAGCAGACGACUAAACUUCAAAACAGACCCGUCAUUUAAAAAACAAUUUAUUUAAACAAUUCAUCGAAAGUACUGGAAAAUUAUAAUAAUGUUUGUCUUUUUAUCUAGGUUUUUACAGUUUCAGAGUUAGUUUUACUUAUUUUUACUAAGUACUUAAAUUUAAGAAAAUAAUAUUUGUAAUCGAUAUGAAUAUCGAUUAAAAAAGCGAACAGCUACUCUGAUUGGUUCAGUCCCUUGUAGUGUAUCCUGUACAUGCUUCAUCUGUUUCCCUCCAAAACUCUUUGAAUCGCGUGUUCAACAGUGAUCUUAUAGUCUAUCCGAAUUCUACCAAAGAAAACGUAAUUUAGAAUGUCCACUGCCCAAAAGAUGUUUGUUCCAUUUGAUUUCAAUGCGAAAGAAUCAGGUAUCGGGACAAUCAGUUCAAUUAAGAGUCCUAUUCUGCUAGAAAAUGAAAAUGAAAACGUAAUGGCAACAGUACGAGACAUAUGGGUUAAGGAAAGAACCAAACUAGUGGUCAGGUGGCCUAAAGAAUUCAACUCAGUCAUCUGCGAAAGAGUUUAUGAAAAAAACAACCGUUUUGAUUGUGAUCACAGAUCUGGAGUUACUGUGGCAAUAUCGACUGAUCAACAAUACCUACUUGAACUCAGGCAACAGCUCAUUCUUGAUAAAACUUCAGCAAAGAACAAUGCGAAUGAACUACAUGUACUCGAUACAAGGCAGAAGACAAGAAGAACACUUGUGUAUCCUGAAGAUGACACAACUGAAGGAGCAUCUUAUUCUUUAGCUAAGAAAAGCAAACACAAUCCUACAGAAGACCUGCUGAAAUUUAUAAAUUAAAGAAACCUGCAACUCGGUGGGCAUUGGCGGACUUAUAUUUCCAAAAAUUAGUUGGUUGCCACAAAAAAAAUGUUUAGACGCUUAUAAUAUAACCCAUUGCGCUUGCGGUAGGUGCGAACGCUGUUCUGCUUGGGCUAAGAUAUUUAAAUAUGUGUUUUAGUAUAUUAAUUUUAGUAUAUUAUUCUAUCUUACUGUAUCUUACUUAUGGUAUCUGUUGUAUGUGGUGACCUUGGCGAAUAACAGGGUUCGAACAAAGCAGAGGGUCAAUACCCUCUGGUCUUAGGUGUCACGACAGUACCUUCUGGUGUUUCAAACAUGCUUUGGGUUUCAUUUUAAAUAAUCGUAUAUAUAGUUCUGAAUUACAUAAAAAAAUUACUGGUAUUAUAGAGAAUCUAAAUAUUUUAAUUUAAACGGUUAAAAAAUAUGAAUCAUGACCAAACGUAUUUGUAUUCG